AUGGCGCACCAGCCGCAGCAUGCCGCCUCAUCGGCCCGCCCGACGGCGAGCACAUCAACGAGCGGCAGAGGCGCGAUGCUCGCCGAUGCGAACUCUGCGGCGGCAUCCGCGACCGAUGCGGCCCGUCCCGCCGCCUACGAGUUUGAGCCGCCCGCCUGGCGUCCGCGUCUGCAUCCCACCUCUGCGCGCCCGGGCGUGCCGGACCUGUUUCCGACACGAGUCGGCCAGGCCGAGGACGACUUCAGCCAGGCGACGGUGCGCAGCGGAUUCCAAUGCAGCUUCAGCAUCGCCAACGAGGCGCUGCUGGGCUCCGAGGUGGCGGGAGAGCUGCUGCUGGGCAAAGAGCUGCUGCGCAACCUCGACCUCUCUCUCAACGACGUCCUACAACGCAGAUCCGCCCUCGAGCGCAACCGCAUCGCCCCUUCGCAGCACAAGCCACCUUCGCGUGUCACCCUCAACGAGCUUAAGCUGGCAAACUACGUCAGGGACCUCGCAGAUCCGCACGUCCCCCUCCACCGCCUUUCACGAUCCGUACCCCACGGCUUCAAGGGCGAGAAAAUGUUCGAGAUGCUCUGGUCUGGCGGCAGCGCUGGCACUGCAGCCAGCAUCGGCGGCGGGGGAGCGGGCGGCAGCGGUGGAGGCGUUGGCGGCGUCUCGCUGCCAGCGGGCAGCUCAUCGGCUGCCACCCACAACGUCAGCGCCAGCCGUGCCAACCUCGCCUCUAGGGUGGCAGCCUCUGCCUCUGCAGCGGCGGCGGCGACGGCGACGACCAGCAGCAACAGCACCACGGCCUCGGCCACCGGCAGUCCGAGCUCGUCUGGCCAACUCCAUCACAAUCACAACCAGCCCCAGCGGGCCGCUUCCUUGCCGCCUAGGCGCAGCUGCGUCGCCAUCCCGCGCGCCUUGUGGUUCGUCCGCGCCGUCGGAGCCGCAGAAAUCCAAUCGGCGCGAAGCAAGACGAGCGCAACCUAUGCCGUGGAAAUGACGACCAGCCUCUGUUCCUGGCUCAACCGGCAGAUCAGCGAACUCAGCUGCACCGCCGGAAAUCCCAACGCCGCUCCGCCAAACACUUCGGCUUUCGCCGCCACCGCCUCGGGCACUCCACUCGCCAACUCUGCGCCCUUCGGUGCUGCCUCACCCGCCACACCAUCGCCCGGCUACUUCCAACCCAGGACGCCCGCAGGAGUGGGCGGCGGGACCAGCAGCGGCGCUUCGCACCCUCACGCCAGACCAUCCGUGGCGCCUUCUUCCACGGUCUGGUCGCAUCCCUCUCCCUCGCCAGCCCCGCAUGCUGGCACGCCUGCGACUGCAUCCGCCGCUGCCGCUGCUCCUGCUGCUGCUGUCCGCGAUCACUGUGCCGUGUUGGAAAAUGAGGCCGAGGCAGAGCGCUGGGCGGCAAAGUGGACCUACAGCCUCUCGUUGACGCGUCACCUCGGCGCUCAGCAGCUCCUCGAUCGCACCACCCUCUUCCGCUGGACAGUCGAGGCACUCGGCAGCUGCAACCUAGCCCAGGUCUGGUUCCUGCUCCAGCUCGUCGAAGAAGGCGCCAGGCUCAUCGUCCAGCGCCGGUUUCUCGCCCUCGCGCUCGUCUCGGCGCUCUGCACACGCCUCUCCCAGCUCGACACACGCUACAACCCGUCGGCCAUCUCGGCGCUGCGCGGCCGUUUGUGUGAACUGCUCAUCUUUGUGCUCGAACAGGUGCCCGAGGCGCUUGUCAGUCCGCGGCUCUGGCACGCCCACCAGUCGACCGUGUCCGAAUCGGUCGCAUUCGGCUGCUCGCACGACGUUCAUCGGCUGGCGCGGUUAGAGGCGACGCUGCAGCGCAUCGCAGACCGCAUCUCCAAGCUCUCGCUGGUCAGCUACGUCGACAUGCUCGAUCAUGCUCCCGCUGCUGCCGAGUGCAAGUGUAGCAAGGGGUGCAGAACCCAUAAGGCGAAUUGCGGCAGCAGCUCCGCCUCCACAGCCGCCGCCUCAGCCGCCAUGCCCAUUGCGCAACACAUCAAGAAUCUUGACGCUAUGGACCUUGACGGCCUGGCCAUCGACGCCCUUGUCUCUCACCAGGCUGCCUCCAACGCCGGCGCCAGCUACUCAGCAGUCGCUGCGACUUCGUCGUCCCUCGCACCGCCAAAGGUCCAGUCGGUCGGUGAAAAGGUCGACACGGUCCUCACCUGGGCCUGUACCAGCUGGCGUCGUGGCGUGCAUCGGCAGUACCUGGCCGCAUCACUGAUCGAGAGGAUCAAGUAUGGCGAAACCAGCCGACAGAGUGACGGCCAGCAGGCGUCCUGGAUGGCCAACGCGAGCGACCCGCCGCCGCUCUCCACCAAGCAGAAGCGCAGACGGACAAAAGCCAACGUCGAGCCGGCGCUGCUCAAGUGGCUUAGCGAUGUUGAAGCUGCGACUGCGACCCAGGCCGCAGUACCGACCGCAUCGAUGGGCUCACAAGGGAUAGGCAGCGUCAUCAGCGCUGAAGCAGCAGAGCGCCGGAGAGAGGCGCUGGCCUCGUGCGACCCACGUUCGAUCAUGGUCGUCUUUGGCGAGCUCGCGCGCCGGGGACUCUUCAAAUACAGCCGCUUCAUGCAGAGGCUAAUUGCACGAGGCAUCACGGCACAGCCAAGCCCUUCUGGCGAAGGCGUCGCGGCGGCGACCGAUGAGCCUCAUGGCCCACCCGGGACGAAUGGGCCAAACGCAGCCCCGGCCUCCUCCGUUUCGACGGACUCGCUGCAGUUGCGCCUGCUGCGCGCUCUUCCGCUCUACGAAGACACGCCCGCCAUCUUGCAGCAGCGGCGGAUGGCCAUCUACGGCGACCGACCCAGAGAGACGCACGAAGAAGCCACCGAGCGGCGCGCGCUGCGAGAGCUCCAGCAGCUGCUGCCCUGGCUGUUUGACGACGAUGCCGAGGGCGAACGGUCGAGGCCCCAGGACGGCCGCGCCGCGUUCAACGACGAUGCCGCGGAUCAGGAGCAGGCGAGGGUUGGGCCACUUGAUUGCCGCAGGAUCCAGGCCGCGCUGCCGCAUCUCUGGAAUGCCUCGCGGCAUGUCAGGGUCAAGCUGCUGCGAUCGCGCAUCCUGCCGCGGGCUGCCACCGGCGGUCCGGGAUCGCUUUCGCGUGACCGCCUUUGCGUGAUGGCCGCCGUCAUGGUGCGGGCAGAGGACUUUGAAAGCCUGCUUCAGCUCUUGGUAUCUCUCCUCCUCCAGCCGCGCUCGCUGCCAGCACCAGUCGCCAAAACCAUCUACGACCUGCUGAUCGAACACCACGCCAUCUGGCAUGGCCUCGACGCUCUGCCGACACUCGUCAUGCUCGUGCGCCGCCAGCUUAAUCACGCCAGCUCCAACCGCGACGUCCGCCUGGCCGUUCUGGCGUCCAAUGCGCUGCAGCGGCUGCGGGAGUCGUGCGCGAUCGCGACCUUGGCCGGCCAGACGUCUCGGCGGCGCAGCACGGCGGCCCCGUGCGAGGCCGUCCCCGACCACGGCGAGGUAGCCCUGUGCCAGGAAGUCUUUCGGCGUCGCAGCGCACACGUUGUCCAUGCCAGCACCGGGAAUGAUGACGAUGGCUGCAGUGGCGGCAGCAUCGGCGCUGUCCCAGCCGGCAUCGGUCCAAGCGCCGAUGCCAGCGCCGCGCUGUCCGAGCUGCGCCGGCUGUUUACGAGGGCCGACGCGUCGGUCGAUGAGAUCAUCGAGCUCGCCGUUGUCGAUUGCCUCGCUGAACCGGCGACCGACGGGGCAUUUCAACUCGCCGUCGAGCUGCUCGACAUGCUACACCGCGAAGCCACCACCGAGAUCGACGAGCGACACGCCCGCUGGAUGGCGUCGCUGGCCGUCAAGCUGUCUCUUCCCGGCUUCCCACCUUCGAUCGCCGAGCUGCCGUUGCGAGUCGUCUUUGCGCUCGUCGCGCGGGGCGUGGCCAGCUUGGCUGUUGUCGUCGCGCAUCUGCUGCUGCCCCUCGUCACCAGUCUGGCUCACACCGUGGCGGAUCCGGCCAGAACCUCGGCGGGCGAGGCUGUGCCCCUGCUGCUGCAGUGCCGGGCCCUUCUUGCGCGGACACUGCUACUCGACGACGAGGACGUUGAUGGCGGCGAUCGCGACCCUGUUUCUGGCGUCCCUGCUGCCGCGAACCACCGGGCCCACGAUAAACGUGCCGUCGCUGUUCCCGGCCACGACCAAGACGCCGACGCAGCCUGGGAAGCUCGCCCCACGAAUAUCUCGGAUCGCCAAUCGCUACGAGCACAGCGGGCGCUCCUCUUUGCCCCCUCCGGCUUCGAGUCGCUCGUCCGCGUGCUCGCGCUCCUCAAGGUGUCGGCCCAGGCGACCAGCGCGUCGUAUCAGGCGCCCUCGCCCGCCUCGGCUACGUCCUCGAUGCCAUCGCCCGCGCCGACACCUGGGCUCGGCGACCUCGAGGACCCGCACCAGCAGCAGCGUCUCCUCGUCAGGCCGAUAGAUUCGCUGUGCCAGCGCAUCCUCGAGCUGGACCAGUCGCAGGCGGCCUUUCGGCGCGACCCGCGAUCAUUCUUUCGCGCGGUCCGGGAGUCGACCAAGUUGAUCUGGGGCAGCGAUGGGCGCAAGGUGCUUGACGGCAUGGUGGCCGCGCUCGACCCUUCCAGCCUGCUCCUGCUGGCUGACAUCGGCAGCAUCGAUGCAGACAUGCUACGGCGUCGUCUCGACGGCUGGAAUGCUGCCGUGGUGGUGUGUGAGCUGGUGGACGUCUUCGACCGCCUGCAGACGGCAACCGAGCCAAGCUUCCAGCUACGCGCCGAGUCGAAGAUCCGAUCGCUCGUCGCCGUCAUCUACCGCGCCUUUUUCGUCGAUGAUCCCGCCGCUGGUCGCCAGCUGCUUCAGGAUGCCGCCUCGGCCGGCAGCCUGGCGUCCAAGUUUGUUGACGAGGGUCUCCGAGCCGCGUUGCGCGCCAUCCGUGCCGAAGUGGAUCCAGCCGGCUCCACGUCGUCGAUGGACCCAGGCAAGCCACCGAUGGCCUUCGUCGCACCGGCAACGUCAUUGCCCCCUCGGCCUGGAUCUCGUGACGGCCUGGCCGCAGCCAUCGCCUCGAUACAGGCCGUCGCCGCGAUGCAGGAUGCCUUCACCAUCGCCGCAUCCGAUUCCGAGACGGCGACGCAGCUCUUCCAGCACGCCGUCGCUGGGAUCGAGGCAGCAUCUUUGAGCGAUAGCAGCCGUGCCAGUGCUGACUCCUGGGCGCAGCAGGAGCAGCAGGAGCAGCAACAGGAGCAGCAACAGGAGCAGCAACAGGAGCAGCAACAGGAGCAGCAGCAGCAGCAGCAGCAGCAGCAGGUCGACGGUCCUCUCGGGCUGCUUCAACUCCUGCUGCGGUUCAGUUGCCUGUGGACGACGGCGAGCAGGGCCAACGUAGGGCGGUUGCUGGGCUCGCUCGCUACCCUUUGCCAGCGGCUGGGCGUGUGCGUCGAUGAUGAGGCGGCAUUUGAACGCAUCGCCGACACGCUCGGCCUUGUCCUGGACGAGGCGCCGUCGUCGGUGAUGUCCUCGGCCGGACCGGAGCUGGACCGGUAUCUCGAGGAGAUGCGCUUCCUGCAGCCGCGGGCGGCGCGGCGCAUGUCGCGCCUGCGGCUCAGCCUUGAUUCUGCGGACCCUAUGCGCGACCUGGUUCUGACGCCGGAUACAGCGGCGGCCAUCCAAAGCGGGUGGUACUCGACCGAUGUGAUCCGGCCGUGGAAAUGCCUCGAGUACGUCGAACCCGCCGCUGGCCCUCUGUUCGGAUCUGCGCGCGCCCCGGGCGGCAGCAAGGGCACGGGCGCUUCGCCUGCCUCCGUCGGCCAGGGAGCAGGUCGGAGAGGGGCGGGAACCGAAGGCGGCGGCGCCCAAGUAUCGUCUGCCUCGUCAACGUUGAUGUCGGCAUCGAUGCCGGGCGCACGGAGCGGAUGGCCGAGCAAGCUCUCGACCAAUACAUCGCUGCCCCUCUCGCUUUUUGGCGCUCAAGUGACGCGCGAUACGGUGCCGACAUUUGCCCUCGCCACGGGCAUUCCUCACGCAGCUGCCCCCGCCGACGCCGACGCCGACGCCACAAACCACACGGCUGACGCGGCGACAACGAUGCCGACCAUGCCGAUGCCGCCCGACUACCUCGAGAGCGAACGCAACUACGGCGAGAUGAUGGCGGGCGAGCCUGUCUUUGCGCGCGACCUUCGACGCGGCCUGGUGCCCUUCCUCCCGCCGUCGUCGUCACCGUCGUUUGCGAGUGCGAGCGUCGAGGUCGGUGCCGGUCGUCUGGGCUUGCGCGGUGACGAAGUGAGGCCCAAGGAGGGGGAGGGGGAGAGGGUGACGAUUGAUCUCACCGUCGAUGACGAUGACGAUCGAAGCGGGGCAGCGGAAGCGCGAACCACAUCCGGAGCUGUCAAGUCGUCGAUGGGCGGCGGUGGCGAGGGAGAGACGAGGGGACGGAAACGUCGCUCUUCACAAGGUACUGCCGAGGGCAGUGGCGGUGGCGUUGGCGGUGGAAGCGCUCCUGUCGCCAAGAGACGGCGGUAG